AUGAAGUUCUCCCAGACCGCGGCAGCCCUGCUGUCGCUGGCUUCUGUCACUGCUGCCGCGCAGUGCAAGCCCAAGAUUGAGUCCGAGGCGUUCCAGGCCGAGAUCAAGACGGAAAACCUCUGGUCUCACCUCGUCGCCCUCAACGACAUUGCCUUCAAGGUCGGCGGCGGCAACCGUGCGUUUGGUCUUCCCGGCUAUGCUGCUUCGGUCGACUACAUCUGGUCGCACAUCUCCAACGUGACGGCGACCAAGGCCUGGAAGCAAGAUUUCCCCGCCUGGUUCGGCAUUGUCAACUCCAUUUCCUUUUCUGUGGACGACAAGGACUACUACAUCUACGGCAUCUCGUACUCUCCCUCGACCCCGAAGGAGGGCAUCACGUCCGAGAUUGUCCUCGGCCCCGCCGGCGCCGCCGGCUGCGAUGCCAAGAACUACGAGGGCCUCGACGUCAAGGGCAAGAUUGUCCUGACGCAGCGCUUCCGCUGCCCCACGGGCGGCACCCUCGCCGGCCGCGUGCGCCCUGCUGCGGCGGCCGGUGCGGCGGGCGUCAUCAUCUACCACGACAUUGAGACGCUGCCGACGGCCGGCUCGCUCGGCGAGGUCAACAUGAGCGCGUACGUGUCGACGGGCUUCAUCCGCAAGGCCGACGGCGAGGCGCUCGCGGCGCGCAUCCAGGCUGGCGAGAAGGUCGUCGGCUUCUUCCAGCACGACCAGCUCGUCGAGGAGCGCAUCACGCAGAACGUCUUUGUCGAGACGGAGGAGGGCGACCCGCACAACGUCAUUGUGCUCGGCGCCCACCUCGACUCGGUGCAGGCGGGGCCCGGCAUCAACGACGACGCGUCGGGCUCGAGCCUGAUCCUCGAGGUGUUCAAGGCGCUGCAGAAGUACCGGUUCAAGAACAAGGUGCGGUUCGCGUGGUGGGGCGCCGAGGAGAACGGCCUGCUGGGCUCGCGGUUCUACACGCAGAGCCUCGAGGCGGCCGAGGUCGACGACAUCCUGGCCUACCUCAACUUUGACAUGGUGUCCAAGGGCUACUUUGGCGUCAGCGACAACGACGGCAGCACGCACGGGUCGGUGGCGCCGCGCGGGUCGGAGACGAUUGAGGCGAUUUACGUCGACUGGUUCGAGAGCCAGGGCCACGUCGUGACGCCGGCCGUGCUCACCAACGGCAGCGACUACGCCUCGUUCUGGCAGGUCCUAGGCAAGCCCUUUGGCUUCCUCAACACGGGCACCGGCGUCGCCCAGGACCCGUGCUACCACCAGGCCUGCGACACGAUUGACAACCCCGACCGCGAGACCAUUACCGUCAACGCCAAGGCCGCCGCCCACAUGCUGUCGAUCCUGGCGGUGAACGGCACCGCCAUUAUCCCCAAGCAGACCGUCAACGCCACCAUGCUCAACGACCUCCGCGCGCGCCAUGUCGGGCCCGAGGUCAUUGACAUUGCCGAGCUCGAGGCGCUUGGCGAGAGGCAUCUUGGCUGCGGUCACGAUCUGUGA